ACAACUCGAUGUCGUUUUGCAACAACUCGAAGAGAAAAAAAGCUCGUCUCGUUUCUACCACGGCUGCUCUUCCGAGCGGAAACCAGCGCCGGCUUGAGAAAGAUUCUCUACCGAUCCGAUAAAAUCCAUCGCCCAGAAGAAGCACAAGAACCAGACUAGAAUUUGCAGUCGGGGCGCAAUCAUUGUUCAUGCAUUUUCAAUCCCUAUAUUCAGUUUUCCAGUCGAAUUGAAGUAGGAUUCGGUGCUACUGGACUGAAGAAGCGGAAGAAAAAUGCUGAGGCUAAGAUCAUUUCGGCCUACAAAUGAGAAGGUCGUCAAGAUACAGAUGCAUCCGACCCAUCCAUGGCUUGUUACAGCCGAUGCGUCGGAUCACGUCUCUGUCUGGAAUUGGGAGCAUCGGCAGGUCAUUUACGAGCUCAAAGCAGGCGGAGUUGAUCAGAGGCGUCUCGUUGGUGCCAAGUUGGAGAAGCUCGCUGAGGGUGAAUUAGAUUCCAAGGGGAAGCCGACCGAAGCUAUACGAGGGGGAAGUGUGAAGCAGGUGAACUUUUAUGACGAUGAUGUACGCUUUUGGCAACUUUGGCGGAACCGCUCGGCAGCUGCUGAAGCUCCUUCAGCCGUUAACCAAGUUACAUCAGCUUUGAGUUCCCCUGCCCCUUCCACAAAAGGGAGACAUUUUCUAGUUAUCUGUUGUGAAUAUAAAGCCAUAUUCUUGGACUUGGUGACAAUGCGAGGCCGUGAUGUACCGAAGCAGGAUCUUGACAAUAAAUCUCUUCUCUGCAUGGAGUUCCUUUCUAGAUCUUCGGGAGGAGAUGGUCCUCUUGUUGCCUUUGGUGGAUCAGAUGGUGUUAUUAGGGUCCUCUCAAUGCUAACCUGGAAGCUAGUGCGCAGAUAUACUGGAGGUCAUAAAGGAUCUAUCUCGUGUUUGAUGACCUUCAUGGCUUCCUCUGGUGAGGCACUUUUGGUAUCUGGUGCUAGUGAUGGCUUACUUGUGCUCUGGAGUGCGGACAACAGCCAAGAUUCACGAGAACUUGUACCAAAAUUAAGCUUAAAAGCACAUGAUGGUGGGGUUGUAGCUGUUGAACUUUCCAGGGUGAUUGGAGGUGCUCCACAGCUUAUCACGAUUGGUGCAGACAAAACACUUGCUAUAUGGGAUACCAUCUCUUUUAGGGAAUUGCGUCGCAUUAAACCUGUUCCAAAAUUGGCUUGCCAUAGUGUCGCAUCUUGGUGUCAUCCUCGAGCUCCAAACCUUGAUAUUCUCACUUGUGUCAAAGAUUCCCAUAUAUGGGCUAUUGAGCACCCCACGUACUCAGCUCUCACGAGACCUUUAUGUGAACUUUCUUCCCUUGUCCCUCCUCAAGUGCUUGCUCCAAACAAGAAAGUUAGGGUUUAUUGUAUGAUUGCUCAUCCUUUACAACCUCAUCUUGUUGCCACUGGAACUAAUAUUGGUGUCAUCAUCAGUGAGCUUGAUGCCAGAUCUCUUCCAGCAGUAGCUCCUCUUCCAACUCCAUCAGGGGGCCGGGAGCAUUCUGCUGUUUAUAUUGUUGAAAGGGAAGUACCUUGCUAUAAUUUGGCCCGAUAUUCCAUACUUUUCCAUCUACAAAGUAAGUGACUGGUCCAUUGUUGACUCAGGAAGCGCGAGGCUUUUGGCCUGGGAUACAUGUCGUGACAGGUUUGCAUUACUGGAAUCUGCUAUACCUCCUAGAUUUCCUACAAUUCCUAAGGGGGGAUCAUCAAAAAAAGCAAAGGAAGCUGCAGCUGCUGCAGCUUGUGCUGCAGCAGCUGCUGCUUCAGCUGCUUCCUCGGCCAGUGUUCAAGUUCGUAUCGUGCUUGAUGAUGGAACAUCGAACAUAUUGAUGAGGUCUAUAGGUAGCCGCAAUGAACCGGUUGUUGGUUUGCAUGGUGGGGCUCUUCUUGGCGUCGCAUAUCGAACAUCCAGGAGAAUUAGUCCAGUUGCUGCCACAGCCAUUUCAACAAUGCCUUUAUCAGGAUUUGGUAACAGUGGUGUUUCCUCAUUUACAAGUUUUGACGAUAGUUUUUCUUCCCAUAAAUCUUCGGCUGAAACAACAGCACCGAACUUUCAGUUGUAUAGCUGGGAAACCUUUCAGCCUGUUGGUGGUCUUCUACCUCAGCCAGAAUGGACCGCAUGGGACCAAACUGUUGAGUAUUGUGCCUUUGCAUACCAGCAUUAUAUUGUCAUAUCUUCUCUGCGUCCUCAGUAUAGAUACUUGGGAGAUGUAGCAAUUCCAUAUGCUACUGGAGGUGUCUGGCAUCGCAGACAACUGUUUGUGGCUACUCCAACUACCAUAGAAUGUGUUUUUGUGGAUGCUGGAGUUGCACCUAUCGACAUUGAAACAAAAAGGAUGAAAGAAGAGAUGAAGUUGAAAGACGCACAAGCUAAAGCCAUUGCUGAGCAUGGGGAGUUAGCUCUUAUUACUGUAGAUGGUCCACAAACUGUUACGCAAGAAAGGAUAACCCUGAGGCCUCCAAUGCUUCAGGUGGUGCGAUUAGCAUCAUUUCAGCAAGCUCCUUCUGUGCCACCAUUUUUAUCAUUGCCGAAACAAUCAAAAUCUGAUGCUGAUGAUUCAAUGAUGCCGAAAGAUUUUGAAGAAAGAAAAGCUAAUGAGAUAGCAGUUGGUGGUGGUGGAGUGUCAGUGGCAGUUACUCGUUUUCCAGCUGAGCAGAAACGUCCUGUAGGACCUUUAGUUGUGGUUGGUGUUAGAGAUGGUGUUCUCUGGUUAAUUGACAGAUACAUGAGUGCACAUGCUUUAUCCUUAAAUCAUCCUGGUAUUCGUUGCCGGUGUCUUGCUGCCUAUGGUGAUGCAGUCAGUGCUGUCAAAUGGGCAAGUAGGCUUGGCAGAGAACACCAUGAUGAUCUAGCCCAAUUUAUGCUUGGUAUGGGCUAUGCUACUGAAGCUUUACAUCUGCCUGGAAUAUCCAAGAGAUUGGAAUUUGAUCUGGCUAUGCAAGGCAAUGAUUUGAAAAGAGCACUCCAGUGUCUUCUUACUAUGAGCAACAGCAGGGACAUGGGGCAAGAUAAUGCAGGGCUUGAUUUGAACAACAUUCUCAGCUUAUCAAUUAAAAAGGAAGAUACGGUGGAAACAGCUCAAGGAAUUGUGAAAUUUGCAAAAGAGUUUUUAGAUUUGAUUGAUGCUGCAGAUGCUACAGGACAGGCUGAUAUUGCUCGUGAGGCGCUUAAAAGAUUAGCUGCUACAGGUUCUUUGAAAGGUGCAUUACAGGGUCAUGAGUUAAGAGGAUUGGCUCUGCGGUUAGCAAAUCAUGGCGAGUUGACACGAUUGAGUGGUUUGGUAAACAAUUUGAUCUCGGUCGGCUCGGGACGUGAAGCAGCAUUUGCAGCUGCAGUUUUAGGAGACAAUGCUCUCAUGGAAAAAGCAUGGCAAGAUACAGGAAUGCUUGCGGAAGCUGUGCUUCAUGCUCAGGCUCAUGGUCGACCAACAUUGAAAAACUUGGUCGAGUCAUGGAACAAGAUGCUACAGAAGGAGAUGGAGCACACUUCGUCUGAAAAGACCGACGCCACAGCUGCUUUUUUUGCAUCUCUCGAGGAACCGAAACUCACAAGCUUGGCAGAUGCAGGCAAGAAGCCUCCAAUUGAAAUCCUUCCUCCUGGAAUGCCAUCUCUAUCAGCUUCCAUUUUAGCUCCAAAGAAGCCAACUCCUGGAGCACAAGGUACACUGCAGCAACCAGUCAAGCAAUUACUACUGGAGGCACCGCCUGCUAAUCCACAACCAUCCGAAGGUACACCGGACCAAUCAGAACCAAGCGAACAGAUUUCGAACGAUAAAGCCCCGACUUCGAUGACAGCUACUGACCCAUUUCCAACUACUCCAGCAGAAGAUGUUCCAAUAUCAGGUGUUGCGGAGCCAUCUGAUAGUCAAUCAGCAUCCUCUAGCACGAUGCCAGUAGAGACUCAAACACCAUCGUCUGUAAAUAACACAGCACCACCAUCAGACGCCCUGUUAGAGGUGCCCGAGGUUCAGAAUUCCUCUAUUCCAAAUUCAUCAUCCACAAAGGAUGGAGCACCAACACCAUCAGAGGCCCCAUCCGAGGAGGUAUCACAAAUUUGAAAUCCAGCCACCUGAAAUUGUUUGCAACUUACAAGGAUGGAGACACCCUGCCCCCGACACUUGCAUCGGUGUUCAUCGGAUAUAGUUGAGUAUAGUAGGUGAGGUUGAUUUUGUUCCCAGCUGAUUGUAAUGUAAUCUUCAUGUGUUUAAUUGUGUUAUAAAAAAGUUGCAUAUAUUCUUUUGUUCAUCAUUACAUUAAAUUUAGAACAAUCAUUCCAUUAUAUAUGCGGUUCCAUCUGUAAAAUUUUUCUGGUGUGCUUCAUUGUUAUUUUGUAAUUUGAUGUUAGCUCAAGUUUAGUAUUGGUCUCGGGAUUUGACAUUCGUUUUCCAUUA